AAGCGGAAAAGGUGAAAGAAGAGGCAAGGAAGAAAGAAAAAGAAGAAGAGMAGACUGAAGAAAAGCAACAGAAGGAGGAGGAAAAAGGAAAGAGAAAAGAGAAAGGGAAGAGCAAAGGAAAGAAAGAGGAACGACAGGUGAAAAAGCUGGAGGAUCAGAUGAAGGCACCGAUCGCUGCUCCGGAGCCGGAGCUAAAAACUGAGCCUGAGGCUGAACAGGCUCUGGAUCAGCACUCAGUUAGCAGCGCAGAGAUGCAGCCAGCUCCGGAGGAGCCGAAAGAAGUAUCGGAGAUAAAGGAGGAGCCCGAAGUAGUGGAGGAAGAGAAAAAGGAGGACACAGAAGAAAAAGAGGAAAAACCUACAGAACCGGAGGAGGCGACCACAGGAGAGGAAAAAGUCACGGAGCAGGCGAAAAAGGAGAAACCCGUGAAAGAGAAGAAGACUGAGAAGAAGGCGGAGGAGUCGAAAGGCGCCAAACGUCAGAGGACCAUGCAGUGUAAAGUCACCUUACUGGACGACGCUCUGUUUGAGUGUGAGCUUGAUAAACACGCUAAAGGCCAAGAGCUUUUUUCGAAAGUGUGCAGUCAUGUCAACCUGCUGGAGAAAGAUUACUUCGGCCUUGCUCACUGGGAAACYCCAACCAGCAAGACAUGGUUGGACCCAAUCAAAGAGAUCCGUAAACAGGUUCCUGGUGCUGUUUAUGAGUUUACAUUCARCGUGAAGUUCUACCCACCUGAUCCAGCACAGCUUACUGAAGACAUCACCAGGUACUUCAUGUGUCUCCAGCUCAGGAAGGACAUCAUGCGGGGGGUUCUUCCUUGCUCCUUUGUCACUUUGUCCCUGCUGGGUUCCUACGCAGUCCAGUCAGAGCUKGGAGAAUAUGACCCAGAGGUUCACGGGACAGACUAUGUUAAAGAUCUGAGCCUGGCCCCCGGACAGAGCAAAGAGCUGGAAGAAAAAGUGAUGGAGCUGCACCGCACUUACAGGUCAAUGAGUCCAGCCCAAGCAGACAUGCUGUUUCUAGAAAAUGCUAAAAAACUUGCAAUGUACGGUGUUGACCUGCAUCAAGCCAAAGAUCUUGACGGCGUCGACAUCACGUUGGGGGUCUGCUCGAGCGGUCUGAUGGUUUACAAGGACAAGCUGAGGAUCAAUCGUUUCCCUUGGCCCAAAGUGCUCAAAAUCUCUUACAAACGGAGCAGCUUUUUCAUCAAAAUCAGGCCGUCGGAGCAGGAGCAAUAUGAGAGCACCAUUGGCUUCAAACUUCCCAACUACAAAGCCUCAAAGAAGCUGUGGAAAGUUUGUGUCGAACAUCAUACUUUCUUCAGGGUUCAGUCAGUGGAGCCUCCAUCAUCCCGUCGCUUCCUCGUUCUGGGCUCAAAGUUUCGCUACAGCGGUCGAACUCAGGCCCAGACCCGACAGGCGAGCUCCAUGAUCGACCGCCCAGCUCCUCGCUUCACUCGCUCCGCGAGCAAGAGGCUGUCCCGUAACCUGGACGGAGCUGGAGACGAAACUCUCCAGUUUCUGCAACAGCUCUCAGCAUCCACCAGGUCUGAAACGGAUGAUUGGUCAAUACUGAUGGUGCCUGAAACAUCUCAGUCUUCUCCUGGAUUCCCAGCCAGAGGGGAGUCGGAGCAGACCUCCACUCAGUCCUGGGAGGAGGGACAGUCUGUUAGCUCCGUUAGCUGGCAGGGAGCUGAGACCCUGUCAGUCAGCGGGCCAUAUCAACCAGUCAAACCCAGCCUGGUACGAUCCCCCUCUUUGACUCAACUGUUGCAAACUGCACUGACACAGCAAGAUGACUGGUUCCUGUACUUUGACCCAUUGUUCAGCCCACCUGAGCGCACUGAAAAGCCUCCAUCCUCCGUCGGAGCUCAGUCCCAGCUUGAUGUCGCAUCUGGGACCACACAGGAAGUCUCCACCAGGGAAUUCAUUCAGCGGCUGCAGGAAUCKGUGACCUUGGUAGACUCGCUGCAAGAGGCGGAGGUUCUGAAAGGGAAGCUGAUGGAAGUGAGGGACUUGGAGGAGAGGCUGCAGGAUAUAGACGAGGUUGCAGAGAGGGUUCAGAAGAUGAUCGAGAGCGAACUGGGGCAGGAAGAGGUCGACAGGUUGAGAGCAGAGGAGGAGAUGGAGCAGCAGCAAAUCMAAGGUGGAGCGAAGGUAGUGGUGARGAGAUCCGUGAGGAGGACGRAGUCUACGGAGGGCGAUGUGGACGAACUGGAAGAUCAGAUAAAGCAGGUGUUCUUUAAAGAUCUGCUGCCUGAUGAGGACGGAGGAGUUGAGGAGACUGAAGAGAACCGGUUGGAUUUUAGUUCCAGAGAGAAACUACGGCAGAUAGAGAAGGACUUCCUGGAAGAAGUGAGGAAGAAGUUUGCCUCUCCAGGUGCUGCAGGUGCCACCUCUGCAGUAACGUAUCAAAAGCUAGUGCGUUUGGGUGAUAAGCAGKUGAUUAUUGUAGAGGAGGAGGAACAGGCUGGAGCUCAGGAGGAAUGGUUCAAGCUCUUUGAUCGGCCUUCRUAUUUUACAGCAACAGUCGAUGCUGAUGAGAGCAGGUAUUUCAGCUCAACACAUGCAGGGAGAAMUGAGAUUCUAGAGGAGGAGGAGGAGAGGCGACAAAGAGAAGAACUCAUAAGAAGGGUGGAUGACUGGUUUACUUUGUUGGCUGUUCCUCCUGGAAAAACAUUUUACUUACCACCAGUUACAAUGAAAGGAACUCUGAUGGAUGAAGGAAGUUUUGUCUCUGGGGUUGGAUGUGCACAAGAGGUAAACAUAGUCGAAGACAGAAAGUUAAUACGAAGAAAUCUUGAAGAAAUCCAGCAGCAGUCAGUGACKGAGAGAGUUGAUGACUGGCUUCUGUUGUCGGACCCUCAAAAAGCAUACGUUUCACCAGCUGCUGAAGUGAGUGUAGAAGAAGGGGUCUCUCUGAUUGAAGAAGAACCUGCUGGCCAGAAAGAACAGGUAGCAGUUUUUGUAGAGGACUUGGAAAUGAAAGAAAGGGAGACAAAAGAUGAUCAGAAUGCAUUGCUUCCCAUAAAAGAGUCAUCACUCGUGUCCCAAGUUUCUAUGACAGGGCGUGUUCAGGUUUAUCGCAGAGAGGGUAAAGCUACKAUCAUGUCCGAGUCAGUAGAGUGGAGCGAGAAGGAUGUAGUCAGGGAGACUUUGAUGCAAAACGAGGACGAGAAGCUUCCGGAGCAGAUUAUAUUAGAGCGAAUACAUGACAGAGAUGAUGAAGACUGGUUUCUGUUGCUUGGUGUGCCUCCCAAACAGGAAUCGUAUAUGCCUCCAGUUUCUGCACCGCUGCCACAUAAAGUCUAUCCUGCUGUUCAAGCUGAARCAGAAAGAGUAGGUCAGAAGUUGUAUCAGACAUCUUAUGACCAGAUUAGACCUCAGCGUUUCCAGCCUCUGCUGGAAAAAGAUGAUGACUGGUGUGUUCUGUUUGAUCCUGGUCAUGAAAAGGCUGUUUUAAUCCCACCAGUUGAGAUCAUUCAGGAUGUGAAGAAAAUGUUUGAGCGCRAGGUGACGACCACAGAGACUAGAACAUGCAAGGAGAUAAUUGGUGUUGGCGGCAGGCAAGACGUGACUCGUGUUCCUGAAAUUAGCCUGAGCCAGACUGAGACGCUGCUUAGCAGGGGAGGGGACGAUGACUGGUUYGUCCUGCUGGACUUAGCACGAGAACAACCUGCACCCGUCACGCCACCAGCUGCUGUGGUUCAGCGUGUUGUYCGUGUAGCAGCACCCGCUGAAACCAAACCAACGUUCGUCACGGAAGUCGCGAGACCACGUGUGACGUUGGUUGACCCACCGCAGUCCCGCGAGGUGGAUGAUGAUUGGUUUKUGCUGCUGGAUGUGGCAGCUGAAGGAUCAGCGGCAGUGGACGAACGUAUUCGCUCUGCUCCUGAGGUGAGAGCAGCUGAACAGUUUGCAGCAACAGAGCAGAGGGUUCAGAAGAGAAUCACUGUAGUGGAAGAAAGGUGGCGAAAGAUGGAAGUGGUGCAGCCGCCUCCAGUGCUGACAGCUGUGGAAGAUGAUUGGUUUGUUCUUUUGGAUUGGGCUCCAAAGAAAUCGGUCGCUGCUCCUGAACGCACGUGGCUCCCAGCAGAGGUCCGACUUCCAGCUGCAGAGGCCGCAACGAGGAUCCAAGUUUCUGAAAGGAAACCAAGGUUUGAGAAGCGAAUCCUGGAGGAAAGGCUUCCAAUCACAGAUACCCAUGUUGGUGGGGACUGGUUUGCUCUGUUUGAUGUUGGCCUCAAAGAGUCAGUUGUGAGCACACAGAGGGGCUUACGUCCCGUCAGCGCUCCUGUCUUCUCCCAGGCUGCCCUGGCAGAGGCUGGAAUUCCCAUGUCCCCCUUCGACCAGCCUCAGACCUCCACCCCCAUCAAAACCAGCCGCCAGGAGGACCGGAAGCUGGAGGUCACUGUGGAAGCUGCAGAGCCCUCAAAAGUGGAGGCCGUGUCUGAGAGCAAGUCAGCAGUGUGGAGGGAGCAGAGAGAAGUGCARUCUUCACUGGUCUCCACCUUCAAUGGUGACCUUCAGCACGAGUCCGAGUCGGAGAAGACGAGCUUGGAGGGCGUGCUAAUGCGAAAGAGAAGAGCUAAGAAAUAUGAGGGUGACACAAUUUAUAUCAGACAUAGYCUGUUAAUGCUGGAGGACUUCGACAAGCCUCCGGAGGAGCUGCUCCGGCACCACGCCAGCAUCAGCGAGCUGAAGAGGAACUUCAUGGAGGCUGUUCCCGAGUUGAAGCCKAGCGAGUGGGACAAGCGUCUGUCCACUCACUCUCCGUUCCGUACGCUGGGCAUCAACGGUCAGCCUCUGCCCAGCGCAGACGGGAGUGUGUGCAUUAGUUCCCUUUGCAAACCUUCAGAGACAAACUCUUCCCACGAGGGAACCGUCAGUAAUCUGGUCUUUUCAGACCCACCCAGCCCCACUGAGAGCCACGAGACUGAGCUUGAUAGCCUCAAAUCUCUCAGCGCUCCUGUUGAGGAGGAGGAGGAGGAUGAGGAGUCGUGCGAUCAUGAGGAAGUUACAGAUUUCGAGGCGCUCUCGGUGCCGGUCGUAGAGGUGGAAAUGACCCAGCUGGCUCCUCCGCCCGGCGAGUUCUCCUGUAAAGCUUUAGAUGAGGGCUGGGAGGAAGAAGGGCUGCGUAAACCGGUUGGAUUUUCUUCCUAUUUCAGGAGCGAGGGUCCACAGGUGUUACGCUGCUUCCAGCCCCCUCUGGUGCAGACCCAGACUGUUACCAUCACAGCCGUUUCCAACUCCAUGUCCAGUGACAUCUCCACCACAGAGGUCCCUAUCGUCCCCACCAAGACCUUCACCUAUGAGUCUUCAAAGGUGACGGAUGAAGGAACAGACGAGGACAAAGAUGGUGCUACGUUUUCCAGUUCUCAGAUCAUUUCCUCAGAGACGACCAGCGGCACCACCGUCACCACUACUCAGAUCUCAAAGGUGGUGAGAAGUGGAUCCACAGAGACCCGUGUGGAGAAGAGGAUCGUCAUAUCUGCAGACRCUGAUGAAGAUAAGGAGAAGCCCRGCGGAGUGUCUGCGUUGUAACCCAGCUUUUCUUUGACUCAGCUCUCAGACGUCCUCCGUCUGCAGCAGUCGAUACGUUCACCACUUCUCUCUGCGCACAGUAGACCUCAGAAACCUGCACCCAAAAUGUUUAAUAACUGAGUGGAUCAUUCUGUCUGACUCUUGUUUUCAUGUUCAUUUGAGUAGUAGGUAGAGCUGCACAUCGCUGAUCAAAAGCUUAUCUCGUUGCUGUGUUUUCAAGGCUUAGUGUGAACAUUUUUUAUUGGUUUAAGAACCAGCCUUUUCAGUUGAGUGAUCUCAGUUAUGUUUGCUUUAAAUGUUUUUUAUUUCAUAGUGGUUUUUAACAGUCAUUUUGUUUGAAAUCUAUUGUUUUCCACUUUAGUUCAUAAAACUACAGUUAGCUUUUCUUCCCUUGGUGCUACUCGGGGAAAACGUUAAGACAUUCAAGUCAACACAUUCCUUAUUUGUUGUUUACUUGUCUGCCCAAUUCAGGAGACUUUUUUCCUUUUUAUAAAACAAAUGACAUACCUCGCAUCGAUAAAUAUAAUAUUCUGUGCUCAAAUUUGGAAAGUUUUUGUUUUCUUGCUCAGGUACUAAAAAUUGAAAUCUUUGCUCAGCAAACCAGCAAGGAACCAGUAGCUUACACGUUCUUGUAAAGUUUGAAAUAAAAAUUGAUCUAUUUUGAAAUAUUUCUCUAUUUUAUAAAAGUGUGCUUUUUAUAGUAUUUGUAAAAAAAAAGAUAAGUGAGGUUUUUAAGUUAUUCAUAUCGGUCUUGUUUAAUUGUUGAAGUUUUGAAGACUUAUUUAAAAUCUGUUUUGCCUGAAAACCCUGAAUCAUUCUUAAUCGUUUCCUCUUGUAGUCCACCAAGUUUAUUAAAAGUCCUCACACUUCAGACGGCAGCAGAACGCUGCCCCUCAGACACAUUUUUUAUCGGCAUCAUAAAAGUCGCUUUUAAACAUAUUUUUGGUUGAUAAAAGUUUCACUAGCUCUGGUCUGCUUAUCUCAGGUUUUGAUGUUCUUUGUAAAACAACAGACCUUCAUAUGAUUGUAUGAGGAAUAAAAAUCCAUUUUUAUUAGAAAUGUACAUUAUUGUUCACUGAAGUGAAGUCUAGAAAAACACAUUUGUUACAACAACCACGUGUAAAACAAAGGCAGCUGCCUGAGUGUAUGUGGCUUUUUUUACAGGUAUACAGUAAUUUAUUUGAAGAGUCAGAACUGUUUGUGAUUUUGAUGUUUUUGUGGUGUUUUAACAUGAGCUGCGAGGCUUCAGCUAGAGAUGUCAAAUACAUUAUCAAACACGUUCAUAAAGCCUUUUUAGCCACGUAGUUUCACCUUAGAAUGCUCUCACUUGCUGUACGUUUUCUAUAGAGGAAAGUUUUGCUUCUGUAGCAAGUUUUUUUUAGGUUUCUUUCCAACCCAAACAGAAUCCUGUGAUAAUGUAGCUUCACAGAUUAAAAAAAAACACCUCACAAUCAUCUCCUGGAUGAAAAAGUAGCGUUUCAGAGGACAUAAAUGUAGGUUUUAGUUGYAGAAACUAUUGUUGCUUUGUGAAUGAUCCUUGUCUUUAUAUGAAAAAAUAAAAUUAUGCACUAA